AUGGGAUUAGCAUCUUAUCCUUUGAAAUAUGUGGCCAAAAAGAUCUUUGGCGAAGUAGAACUUGGAAGCGCAUUUGAAGACCCUUUUUUCGAAGAAGUUGAGUUUGAAAAACGGUCUUUUUGGUCCGGAAGCACCAAAAUCGUUAAAAAACGUCGCGACAAAAGUAUACCGGAAUCAAUCCCUGAAACUGAUGGUAAGAUUCUACGUCGUGUAAGAAAGAGAGCGUACCGUUUGGAUAUGAAAUUUCACGUCUUUGGUAUCAGAUUCGGUUGGCUAGGUGUCAUUGGCAUACUGCCCGUUGUCGGUGACCUUCUGAUCCUAUGGCUGUCAUUGCAAGUAUACCAGGAAGCAACAAAGAUCAACGGCGGGCUUCCGUCUGGAGUUUCCGCCCAGAUGAUCACCAAUAUCGCUUUAGAUUUUGGGCUUGGUCUGAUACCCAUCGUGGGCGAUAUCGUCUCUGUAUGCUACAAAGCCAACUCGAGAAACGUGCUGGUUUUGGAAAAGCAUUUAAAACGCAAGUACGGCCGUACCAUACCGCCCGUGACGGUAGGGGGUCCCAACAACAGGCUAGCUAGCGCAACCUGA